UGGCACAAAGCCUUUCCAAGAAGAUCCAGGUGUGGCCACUCUCUCCCGUAUAAAUAGGGAACCAGCACUCGCUCUUGCUGAGGCUUCGCUAGAGGUGCCUGCCUGUCAGGAGUCCUGCUUCUCACAAUGAAAGCUCUGCUGGGCAGUCUGCUGUUCCUUGCCACCUUGGUGACGGCAUGCAAGGCAGUGUGCUUUCUCGAACCACGUAAGGGACUUCCAGACCAACCGCUUGGUGUUUUAGACUGCGUGGAUCCUGAUGGUACCAAACACCCCCUGGAGUCUUACUGGGUGAAGGACUGUAAUAGGUGUUUCUGUGGACCAGAUUCAAUCAGCUGCUGCAGCCUAACCAGUAUACCCCAAGGCUACGACGAAGACAAGUGUCAGCAAAUUUUCCACCCAGAGAACUGCACCUACAGCGUAGUGGAGAAGACAAACCCAGGAAAGUCCUGUCCUGUUCCUGCCUGGGUACUGUAAAAUGAGCUUCCUGUGGGCUCAAAUGUUGAGCCGCGUUUGAAUAUUUGUAUGAUGUAAAUGUAUCAGUUAUAGGCUGGGUGGUGGUGGCUUAUCAUCCCAGCGCUCGGAGAUGGGCUCAGAGGCAGGCGGAUCUCAGGCCAGACUGGUCCAUGGAGGGCAACACAGAGAAACCCUGUCUUCAAAAAUGCAAAUAAAUAAAUAAAUUUGC